UUUUUAUUUAUGACGGCGGUGUUUGUCAUACAUAAAUUUCCUCUCCUGCAAUCGCCUUUUUCCUCGGAACCCUAACCGUCGAUCGCUUGCGAUCUCGAUUCUUUGAAACCCUAACUCUCGAUACCUUUGCAUCUCGAAUUCCCUGAUCUCUGUUGUCUUCGAUCAUGGCGUACAGGACGCUGGAGGUCACCCUGAUCUCGUCCAAGGAUCUCAAGGAUGUCAGUUUAUUCUCCAAGAUGGAGGUCUACGCGGUGGUGUCCCUCUCCGGCGACCCCCGGUCGAAGCAGCGGACGUCGACGGACCGGGAGGGCGGCAAGAACCCCGCCUGGAACUCGACGCUCCGUUUCAACGUCCCUGCCGACGACUACGGCCGGCAGGUCCUCCACAUCCUCCUCCGCGCCGAGCGCGCCCUCGGCGACCGCGACGUCGGCGAGGUCCACAUCCCCCUCUCCGAGCUCCUCGAUGCCGCCCCCGGCAACGGCCCCAAGUUUGUCAGCUACCAGGUCCGCAAGUGCACCUCCGGCAAGCCGAAAGGCGUCCUCAACCUCUCCUAUAAGGUCGGCGAGAAGAUCGCAGCCCCCGCGCCGGCGGCUCCGGCGGCGUACCAUCCUCCGGCGGCGUACCCUCCUCCGGUGGGGGUUACCAAGUCCGAUCAGCCCGUCAACGCCUACGCCCCCACGGGGGCCUACCCUCCGCCGGGGAAGGCACCGAAGGCCGACGAGCCUGUCACAGCCUACCCGCCGCGGGGGAAGACACCCAAGGCCGACGAGCCGCUCAACGCCUACCCACCAGCGGGGAAGGCGCCCCAGGCCGGCGAGCCCGUGACGGCGUACCCCGCCGCCGGCAGCAGCUCCGCCGCGUACCCGCCCUACGGAGCGCAGCCAUAUCCACCGCCGGCGGGGUACCCGGGGUACCAGCCGCCGCCAUACGGGUACGCGCCGCCACCGCCGCCGCACCAGGGCGGGUACGGUUACCAGCCAGCGGGGUACGGGUACGGGGCGGCGCCACCGGCGGCGCAACCGCAGAAGAAGAAUAAGUUCGGGAUGGGACUUGGGGCGGGGCUGAUCGGUGGGGCCCUCGGCGGGCUUCUGAUCGGGGAUAUGAUCUCAGAUGCGUCCUCCUACGAUGCGGGCUACGACACCGGGUUCGAUGAUGCCGGUGGAUUCGGUUUCUAGGCUGUAUUAAAGAAACUUAAUCUCCUUUCUUUCUCGCUGGAAUUUCCUAAUUACGCAAUUAGGAAGUUACACUUGUUAGCGUUGUACAUGUAAUUCUUCUUGCCUUUUUUUGUUUUUUUUUUUUUUUGGGGUUUGUCGCCCGGGGUGUGGGGAUGUGGUUUCGUUAUCUAUGUACUUUCGAUUGGAAUUGUACUUGGUUUUGAGUGGCUAUGGAUUUUCUUUGGGAUGUCUUUGAUAUGGUGGGGAGAUUUCGUGUGGCUGCGGCUUGCUGCGUUGGCUGAGCUCCAAGAAAAGUCACAUUCUUGGGUUAGCCGAUACGGAAUUGGCUCCUCUGCAUUGUGUAGCAUAGCACUCAUCUUCCACUACUUGAAGGGCAUGUUUUCUGUUUGGUUGGGGAAUGCCAUUCCUAUUCUAAUUUCAUAGAGAAAUGGCUAGCAUUCAAAUUGAUUUCAGUUACGAAUCAAAUAUAUUAGACAAUAUGGCUAUUCUAAUAU